AUGGAAGUUACUUCAAACAAGUUCGUGGUCACAAAAUGCCAUAUUGAAGGAGCUCCCGAUGUGACGCACUUCGCCGUUAAGGAGGAGAUGGUGCCCUUGAAAAUCGAUAAGAACGACCACACUACGCUCGUAAUUGUGAAAAACUUGUACGUCUCGGUUGACCCGUAUAUGCUAAACCUCAUGAAGACCCAAAACAGUUCCAAUGAAAUCCUGACAGCGCUUUCUCUCAUUUUACCUGGACAGACGAUUCCUUCGAUUGGGGUGGGAAGAGUGUUGGAUUCCGUGCAUCCAGAUUUUAAAGCCGGCGAUCUUGUGUUGGGAAUGCUCAGCUGGGCACAGUAUACCAUUGUACCAAUUGGCGUCGAUCCCUUGUUGCAAAAAGUGGAUGAUAAAAUGGGAUUUCCACUCUCAUAUUAUACUGGAAUUCUAGUCGGGCAGUAUGCUAAGUUAUUUGGCUGCUAUGUUGUUGGCUGUGCCGGGACUAAACAAAAGGUCAAAUUUCUGAAAGAGGAGCUUGGGUUCGAUGAAGCAUUCAACUACAAAGAAGAAACUAAUUUGAGUGCUGCUUUGCAAAGGUUAGUAAUGAGUUCACUUAAUAAUGCCUUUUAG